AUGGGUGGAUUUAGCGUAAAAAAUUCUCCUAUUCCACUAUUGCUCCCGCCAACAGCAGUAUUGAGCGAAGUGAGGAAGAAAGUCAAGGGCGAGAACUUCUACCGCGACGCCAAGGCGGCGUCCCGGCUGAAGAUGAUGAACGGCGGCAAGCCCGUGCGGGACCGCAAGGGCAAGAUCGUGCAGGCGGCGGAGUUCCAGAAGGGCGAGGACGAGACGAAGCCGGGGAGGGUGCAGCCUGACCGGCGGUGGUUCGGGAAUACCAGGGUGAUAUCCCAGACUGCGCUGGACCAUUUUCGGAGCAGCCUGGCGACGAAGAAGGAUGACCCGUACUCGGUGCUGCUGAGGCGGAAUAAACUGCCCAUGGCGCUCCUGGACGAUGCCUCAAACCCCAAUCUGCGCAAGCGGUCGCACAUCGUCGAAACCGAGCCAUUCGCAGAAACGUUCGGCCCCAAGGCGCAGCGCAAGAAGGCAAAGCUGGACGUCGGCACCUUCGAGGAGCUCGCGACGCUCGGCUCGACCGCCGCCCAGGAAGCCGAGGACCAGCGCCCCACAACGUCGAACGAUCCCUCGCAAGAAGCCCGCACGCACGCAGAUUACAUCGAGCCGAUCUACGCGAAGGGCACCUCGCGGCGCAUCUAUGGCGAGCUGUAUAAGGUGAUCGACUCGUCCGACGUGAUCCUGCACGUGCUCGACGCGCGCGACCCUGUGGGCACGAUGUGCGAGAGCGUGCUCGAGUAUGUGCGGAAGGAGAAGGCGCACAAGCAGGUCGUGCUCGUCAUUAACAAGUGCGAUUUGGUGCCGAAUUGGGUUACCGCCCGCUACAUUCAGCACUUGACCCCGCGCUACCCGACGAUCGCGUUCCAUGCCUCACCGACGCACGCAUUCGGCAAGGGCGCGCUCAUCCAGCUGCUGCGCCAAUUCUCGCAGCUGCACUCCGACAAGAAACAGAUCAGCGUCGGCUUCGUCGGCUACCCGAACGUCGGCAAGAGCAGCGUCAUCAACACGCUCAAGAGCGGGAAGGUGUGCCGCGUCGCGCCGAUCCCGGGCGAGACGAAGGUGUGGCAGUACAUCACGCUGACGCGCAAGAUAUACCUGAUCGACUGCCCGGGAAUCGUGCCCGCGAGCGCGCGCGACUCGCACACGAGCACGGUGCUCAAGGGCGUCGUGCGCGUCGAAGCCCUCCCCACGCCGUCGGAACACAUCCCCGCGCUCCUCGAGCGCGUCAAGCCUAUCUAUCUAUCUCGGACGUACGGCGUGCCCAUGCCGGGGAAGAUCGAUACGAGCCGGUAUGAAGUUGAGCAUGGCGUGCCUAUGCCCACGGAGGAGGGGGAAGGGAAGGAGGGGACGGGGAGGUAUGAGGCGACGACGUUCCUGGACGCGCUGGCGAGGAUGAAGGGCCGCCUGCUGAAGGGCGGGGAGCCGGACCUAGAGGGUGUGGCAAGGAUCGUGCUCAGCGAUUGGGUGCGCGGCCGGAUUCCGUUCUUUGUGCCCCCUCCGGAGCGGCCGGAGGAGGUGAAUCGAAGGGAGGAGAAGGAGAGGGCAAGGAAGGAGAAGGGGAAGGAGAAGGUGAGGGAGGGGGGUGAGGAGGAGAAGGUGAUCGGGGUGAAGCAGAAGUUGGGUGGGAUUAUACAGAAGAAUGUGUUUGUGGAGGAAGAUGUGAGGCGGCUAGAUGAGGAUGAACGUGAGGAAGAGGGGAGUGCUGAAGGAAGUGAUGGGGGGAGCGAUGAGGGGAGCGCGAGUGGGGAUGAAGGAGAGGGCGAGGGGGAUGAGGAGGAAGAGUUCAACGGCCUCUCGUGGACUGACGUGUUUCCCGAGGACCAGGACGGUGCCCAGCCGUCCGCACCACCCACAGAGGAGGCACCUGCCUCUGAAUCAGACUCAGACGCAGAGACCACAGAAAAGGCCCCGCGGAUGAAGACCAAUAAGAAAAAGGCCAAGAACUUCUACUCCGAGGCGAACGUAAAGAACAAGAAUCGCAAGAAGACGGCGGUGAUGCGCGGGCUGCCUGUCGGGAAGAAGGGUAAGGGACGGCGGUGACCCUGCGGUGUAUGCUUGCACUGUGUUGUCUCGUCUGUGGAUCUCUCGAGUGUGUAUUAAUGAUGCAUAUAUCGAUGCUUAGGGGCAGUUCGGAUUUGAAUGUCGCGGACCUCAUUCGGCGGUGCUACCGUCAGCCAGUACGCAUAUAUAUAUCGACUGCUUUACGUAGUCAAACCGGUGCUCCCUCACCAAACGAUAUUCUAUGAGUGAAACCUCCAGACUAUAGAU